CGCUGAGCGAUGGCCACGAUACCGACGGCCCUUCGGCGCAUGCCACCAAAAUCGAAGGUAGGAGAUUCGAAUCUGUUCUUCUCAGGCGAAACGAGAUAGAAAGAUGACUUGGGACAAAAUCGAUCACAAGUUCACGUUCCCCGAGCUGAGCUACGGCGCGGAAUCGAAUUAUCAGCCUUGCAUCAAGGUGUCUGUUUUCUUCAAGAAGAUUGAUUCCAUCGACUACGAGACCUUUUUCGGUCACUGGAGGACGGUUCAUGCGGACUUGGCCGUGGCCACGCAAGCGUUCAAAGACCACAUCGUGCGAUAUGCGCAGCAUCAUCAGACACCUGAGAUGAAGGAACGGGCCAGGUCGUUGGGAGAAAAUUGCCUUGACUACGAUGGAUGUGCUCAGUUGUGGGUCAGAUCGUGGGACGACUGGCUGGCGUUCUACAAUAGCAAAGAGUACGCUGCAGCCCUGAGCGAGGAUUGCCAGCGUUUCAUGGCUUUACCCAUGACUUACAUGGUUGGGUACGAGAUCUUGAUUGUCGGCAGUGCGGCAGCUGAAGUUGGAGGAAAGGACGGCAUGAAGAUCAGCAGAAGUAGCUGA